AUGUCGACGACGGACGAAAACUGCCUUGAUGGAUUCCCUAUCCGAGCGGAUGUUGCAGGCCCUGGAGUUCGCGCCGCCUUCUACAUUCAAACUGUCUCUACAAUCCUCUUCGUAUGGUUGUCUCCCAAGGAUGUAUCGAGUUCGCAUUGGUCGAUGGUGUCAACGGCGUUGGGUCUUAGUGUUGCUGGAAUUGUAACCGGAGUGAGGAAGGAGAUAUCGUUGGUGGAUGCGCUUAUAAUUAUCGACGCCGUUCUCCUGGCCUUCUACGCAUGCGACUUUAUGAACUCGGAAUUCGUCUCUCGAAUGAAGGACGUGGCGCUUUUACAUCGCCGGCCUUCGGCUCUCUGGGUCCUCUGCAGCACCCUCUGCAGCCUGCUCAGCUGCACGUUCGGACUCUACGUCUGGGCGACCGCACCCACCUUUGGCGCUGCCUGGUACGAAUGCAACGGUACCAUGAAAGUGACCUUUCUCGGGCUCGAUCUGCAGGAGGGUCGCAAGGUUCAACUGGUCCUAUGGGCCAUCAACGCCUUGUUGUUCGUUGUGCGCACCUGUAAGAGCCGGAAGAUGCUGGGCAACGCGAUCCUCGAACUAUUCUUCCGAAAGGUCCCCAAGACCCCGAGUAACCUCGAACUUUUGGCGCGGCUAUCGAAGGAACGCCCUCCUUUCUGGUCCGAGUUCAAGGUGUUUGGGAAGACAAUCAAGCCGCCUCGUGUACUCCUCCGCAACUUCGACUUUAUCUGGGCGUUGAUGUUCGUGGCUUUCACGAUCAUCUCAACCGAAGUCAUGAUCAAGACUUACACGAAGGAGCACAACCUCAAUACGGAAUGGAACUUUGGACAAGUCUUACCGGUUCUCCUCACUCUAGCGCCCGUCUUUUCUCUCAUCGAUGUCACGACUCGGUUUUUUAGGAAGGAUGCAGGCGACGUCAAGGUUGCAACCAAUCCUCGUGUUGCUUUGGCCCAGCAAUUCUCGGCCACGCUUUUCCUCUCGCUAUGGUGCUCGCCUAUGCUGCGGAAAGAACUCCUGAACACACUUAACCUUACUCGAGCCGAUCUGAAGGUGUUAGAGUCGUUGGUGGCCGAGGCGUACGAGCGUUGGGAUAGUGGGGGCCGCUCUGGGGACCUCAAGGAUGCCUGGGUUGGUGAAUCAGAUGACGAAGAUGAGGAUGGAGAGAGGUUCAACUCCAUCUACUUCGAUGCGAAGUCGUAUCUAUCAGUCGAGUCUGAGGUCCACAGCACACAGGGCAGCCAAUUCGCCGCUAUCCUCUGGGACUCCCUCCACCGCCUCCCCGGCCUCAGAGAGACCCUGUUCAAAUGCAAGGUUGUCGACGACAGCUGGCAGCUCGAGAGCCUGCGGGUCAUCGUCGCGCAGACCUGGGACCUUUGGAAAGCACAUACACUGUUAAAAUUUGUUUUCGACAGCGAGAACGAACGAAGCGGUUCAGGUGGUUGA